AUUUUAUCAUCCGUUAAACACCCACGGAUUGAGUUUAAACACGAUUUUAAAGCUUUGCGUCAGUUUUUUAAUAUUGUUAAAAACAUAAACAUGCUGAAAUAAGAUCAUACGCGUGAUUAGGUUGAGGCGCUCGGUACAUCCGGUGAGAAACGGACAAACGCGGGAGCGACGCGCGAGAAAACAAACCAGCAAAUGAUUCAUUCAGCAGCGUCAAAAACACGAAUAAAGCGCGAUUUUUAUGAUUAAUAUCGCUUUAGUGGUUAUUAUAUGAACUCGAGAUGACGGAAUUGCUUUUUAACAAGAGGUUACAGGUGCUUGUGAAGAAUAAAGAUACCGAUGAGAGACGUUCAGUCAUUCGUAUCAGUAUUGAACUACAGCCAUCAUCAAAUCCUGUCCAUAGAAAGGAUUUGGUUGUACGGCUGACAGAUGAUUCUGAUUUUUACUUUUUAUACAACCUUGUCAUAUCAGAGGAAGAUUUUCAAAGUUUAAAAGUACAACAAGGGCUUUUAAUAGACUUCACAUCAUUCCCACAGAAAUUUAUAGACUUGCUUGAGCAGUGCAUUUCUGAGCAGGACAAAGAAAACCCACGGUUUCUGUUGCAGCUCUCAUCAGCGUUCGAUCACAGUCCUUCAAACCUUAACAUUGUGGAGACGAACGCUUUUAAACACCUCACGCAUCUCUCUCUGAAACUGCUGCCGGGAUCUGAUACGGAUAUUAAGAAGUACCUGGCCACCUGUCUGUCUACUGUAAAGGAGGAAAAGCAGCAGUUGGAACAGAAGCUGAGAAAGACUGAGGAAGAUCUGACAAGACAGCUAAAUUAUGCACAGCAAACACUGUCUGAGAAAAGUCGAGAAUUGGACAAGCUCCGAUCUGAAUGGACGUCCCAAACAACCUCUCUGUCCAGCAGACACAUGCAAGAUCUCACAGCUGAGCGUGAGAAAGCUCUGGAGAUACAAGCCCGUCUCCAGCAGCAGAAUGAACAGCUGCGACAGGAACUUGAGUCAUCUCAUCACAGAAGCACCCAGCAGCUCCAAAGCAAAGUCUCUGAGCUGGAAACGGCCAACAGGGAGCUCAUCGACAAGAAAUACAAGAGCGACUCCACCAUUCGAGACCUUAAAGCCAAACUGGCCAGCCUGGAAGAGGAGUGUCAGAGGUCGAAGCAGCAGGUUCUGUCGUUGAGGAGAGAGAACAGCACCCUCGACACCGAAUGCCACGAGAAAGAACGUCUAGUCAACCAGCUGCAGACGCGAGUGGCCGUCUUUGAGCAGGAGAUCAAAGAUAAAGAGCAGCUCGUGCUGCGGACCAAAGAGGUGCUGGAGGCCACACAGCAGCAGAAGAAUUCUGUCGAAGGAAAUGUUGAAAGUAAGCAACUUCAGAUCAGCAAGUUGGAGGCCACAGUGAGAUCCCUGUCGGAGGAGCUCAUCAAGGCGAACGGCAUCAUCAAGAAGCUCCAGGGGGAUCUGAAGACACUGAUAGGGAAGAUCAAGGUGAAGAACACAGUGACGGUGUCUCAAGAAAAGAUCCUGCAGGAAACUACAGAGAAACUGCAGCGGGAGCAGCGAGAGCUGCAGGACACCCAACAACAGCUCCGACAGAAAGAGGAAGAGGUAAUGAAAUUAAAGGAACAAUUAGAAGCUACAGUUCAGAAACUGGACGAGAGCAGGGAAGUGUUAAAAACCAAUGAGAACGUAAUAACUUGGCUAAACAAGCAGCUGAAUGAGAACCAGUUCUCUCGGAAGCAGGAAACUUUCGGAAUGUUUGAGACUCCUGCCGCAGGUCUGAGAACAGGAAGUGUUCCUCACAAUAUGCUGGAUAGCAAAGGUUUCCCCUCGUCUUUGGGACAGGGUUUCCCCAUCACCUCUACGAUAAACUCCAAAUAUCCUCUUCCUCUUUCCUGUGUGAGCUCAGGACCUCGCUCUGUCCUGUCAGCGCACAAUCAGACGUCUGGACCCAAGGUCCAGUUUAACCCUAUGAGUGCUAAACAUUCAGCAGCAGACAUGAGUCCCACUGCACUCUCCCAGCCCUCUAAUAAAGAGAACGGAGGGCCUGUUGGUCUGGACUCCAAGUACUUUGAGAGACGAGAUGACAGCAUCCCCCUCCGCGGCCUUCUACCCAGCAUGCAUCUAAAUAGAGAAGUUCCCAAGCCUUUGAACACAGCUGGAGCAAAACCAACAGCGUCCGCAGCUUCUGCGUAUUUCCCGGGAUGACGAACAGCAGUUUAGAUACACUUCUAUUCAUCACUAAGUUAAAUGUGUGAAUGCCACUACUAAGAUGGGAAUUCAUUGCAAAGUGUCUGUGCAGAUGAUAUUCUUGUUUUAAAUGUAUUCAAUAAUUUAUAAAAUUUUUUAUUUUAAAUCCAUUUCUCAAUGUGCUUACUAUGGAAGCCCAUUUUCACCACAGAAUGAAAAAAAAAUGGUUUUAUUUGAAUAAAUAAUUUGAAUUUUUUUAUUUAUUUAUUUAUUUUUUUUUUGGCAGGAACAGGCUUUUUUCCCCGCAAUUCUUAUUUCAUCUGACAAUUCAGACUUUUGACUUGCAAUUCUGAGAAACUGUGAGAUAUAGCUUACAUUUGUGAGGAAAAAAAGUCAAUUACUUUUUAUUUUUCAUUCUGUGGUGGAAGCAAAACAGAAUUGUGAAAUAUAAACUCAAAAUUUUGAAUCUUUUUUUUUUUUUUACCUUUACUCUGUGGUUUCCAUAGUUUACAAAGAGAUUCCUUGAUUGCUUGAGACUUUAGCAUUAGUGUGGGACUAAUGUAUCAAUGAUAAUGGUGCUAAAGUUUGGUCCUUUAGGUCUGUGGUGCCUAUAAAAUGUAUUUUCAGUGUCUUAAACUUGAUUGUGCCAUGCAUGAACUGUCUCUGAACAUGAACCUUUGCCAAACACUCAGAGAGCUGCCACUGUAUAUCCUCAAAUAGUGCUAUUCUUAUGAUUGGCAAUUUUAAGGUUAAUAUAAGGAUUUAAGUUCUUGCUAUGGAAGACAAAAUGUGAGACUGGUUUUGCUGUGUAAAGCUGUCUAUAAUUCAUUGUGUGCACAUUUAUAUUUUUCUAUUUAUGGUUUAAUACAGUGAAUUUUGUAAUCUGUUUAUCAUGGAUUGCAGUUUGGCUACUUGUUCAUCAGUAGCUCAAUUUUAGGACAAACGUAAAUAAAAUAAUGUAGUUUGAAAAAA